AUGAGUAACGUGAAAGUCCUCAUCAAUGAGCCCGUUGAACUUAAGUGCGAAUUCAAACUUGGCGAUCCGAAGGGUUCAAUAACCUGGCUCAAAGAUGGAGUAGUCAUUCGCAGCCAAGUCAAAUACUCAGUCAGCUCUGCUUGGGAGAGACUAGCUAGCCUUAGGAUCAACAGGGCAAAGCUAGAAGAUGCCGGAGUAUUCACAUGCCGGGCAGAAAAUGCAUCUGGAAUCGCGAGCACAAAUUGCCGAUUGGCAGUCAACCAGAAGCCAAGGUUAACUUUAGACUGUGAGCAAACUGCCUGCGAACGUGUCAAGGUGAUUCAAGCAGGUCAGUUAUUGACAGCACAUGCCGGAGGCCGCCUCGUGCUUAAGGCUGUGGCUGAAGCUGUACCUGGUGUUGAGCACUUUCUGUGGAAUCUCAAUGGUCGCCUACUCGGUUCUGAGGCUCGGGGCAAGGAGGAAUCCCGCAUCGUUCUUGAGGAGGAAGAAGUGAGGGACCGUGUAGCCGUGGAACCGUUAGUGUGCAAGUGUCGUCUUGUCAUCAACAACUUGUGCCUCGCUGACGCUGGAGCCUAUGCUGUAGAAGCCAGCAACCAAGAAGGUCAGGCUAACGCCUGCCUUCGUGUUAGCGUUUUCGACCGGCCCCAACCACCUACGGUAGUCCAAAUAGGUAGGGAGCGUGGCAUCGACUGGCUCGACGUGGUCUGGCAGAGGCCUGCCAGUGAUGGAAACUCCAAGAUUAAUCAGUAUUGCGUGGAGAAACGUAUUCUGGGCUUGACAUCAUCCCCGGCAGGACAGACAAGUGCUGCUAGAAUUGGCGAGUGGGUCCCAGUAGGGCAUACAAGCGCCUUCGAGGAUAAAUUUCGUGUAAAAAAUCUCCCGGUCAACACGAUAUACUCCUUCCGAGUGGCAGCGGAGAACGAUUAUGGAGUUGGCGAGUUUGCUGAGAUCGAAUCACCUUAUGAAUUGAAGUCCCUUAUUGGUGAGCAUCAGAUCGGUCUAUCUACUCUAUCUUUACAGGCUAUAUUUGGGCUUCAUUUCUGGUUAGCAUCAUUUUUUUCAUUUUUACAACUUUAUGCUGCGCAUGUUUAUUUUGUUCCUGAUCAGUUUUCCGGUCCAUGCUAA